UUAGAGAGAGAAUGUUGAUGGGGAGUUAUUAAAGCAAAGAAAAAAAAAAAAAAAAAACAAUUUAUUGUUGUAUUGUUGUGUUGUCGUAGUGAGUUUUUGGGUUCUGCACUCUCUCUUUCUUUCCUUCUUUCUUUCGUAUUUUUUUUUUUUCUUCUUUGUCUCUCUGCAAAAAUCAGACCUUGAAAGAUCAUUCAUUUGGGUAUUGAUUUUGGUCCUUCUUGUUGUAAUCAAAUCUUUUUGCUUGAUAUAGUUUACUGAUGAGGAUCAGGAAAAGGCAGGUACCCUCUCCUCUUUCAUCUCUCUCACCUGUACCAGUAGUUUCAGAUCCCCACUUCAACCGGCCUCCUCCGGUGGUGCAACUCCACCCACAUCACAGUCUUGCACAACCACAUGCUAGGAAAUCAUAUGGCUAUUCUCAACGGUCUGAUCAUCCCAAUCAACCGAUCGGAACCAUCGGCCACAACAACAACGGCUUGGAUGAUGGUGAUGGAUCAGUAGCUCAAACCCACGAGAAGAUAGAUAGUUUGGUUUUGUUGCAAGGUAAAGAUUAUGAGAGAGGCAAAGAACAAGAUGGAGAUGGAGAUGGAGAUGGAGAUGAAGAAGAAGAAGACGAAGAGAAGAGUUGUAAUGAUUCCAGGAGCAAAAGCAUCUUGGAUGCAGAAAUAGUACUUAAUGGAAUUGCUGUUUCUUCUUCUCACUUGAGUUCUUCACAUCAAGUUGUUGGGAGAUGGUGUGAGGGAGAGAAAGCAUUCCCAUUGAAGAAGAGAAGAGGGAGCUUUGAGAGAAGAGGCAACGAGGAAACGAAUGCAUUGAUAUUGGAUGAUGAGAAAGAUAAUAUUCAUAAGAAGAUGAAGAUGAAGACCAAAGUUAUGAAGACAAAGAUGAACAAGAAAUUUGGUCUCGAUUCUCAUCUUAAUGAACAAGAAGAUAAUAAGGAAACAACAGCAACAAAAGAGAGCUCAAAUGCUGUUGUCGAUGAUGAUACUAAUAAUAACAUUUCUUCUUCUACCACAACAAGCGCAAAUAAGAAGAGAGCUCGAGGUGGUGCAUUAAUGGAGGGCUCGAGGUGCAGUCGAGUUAACGGGCGAGGAUGGAGAUGUUGCCAACAAACCCUUGUGGGUUACUCUCUUUGUGAGCAUCAUUUGGGGAAAGGAAGGCUGAGGAGCAUGACGAGUGUUCGUAGUAGAUCACUUGGCAACACAGGAAACAAUGAAAGCACAUUAUUAUUAUCAUCUUCAUCAAAUGCUUCUUCUUCUAAUUCUACCGCUGCUGUAACUUCAACUUCAUCUUCAUUGACGGAAGAACCUAAAAAACCAAAUGCAGCUACUGAAGUUGUUGAAGAAGAGAAAGAUGAGGAGAAGCGCCCAUUGAUGAUGACGACGACAAAGAAGAGAAUGAAGCUUGGAACAGUGAAAGCUCGAUCAAUCAGCAGCUUGUUGGGCCAAACGAAUAAUGAUCAACUCACAGUUGGUGAUAAUAACAGGUAGGGCAAAGUGCAUGUGAAGGGAAAUUAAUGAAUCAUCAGGAUUAUUAUUCCAUGCUGCAACUGUUUUCAAAAAACAAAUCUAAUUGCUUUGAGAAAGUAUUUUGGUUUUGUUUUGUUUUUGUUUUUGUCUUAUGAGUGAGUAUUUGAUAUUAAAGCAGAAAAAUGUUUUUUCGUUUUCGUUUUUGAUGGGUGAUUAUCUGGCCAGAAAUAU